UCCUUCUUCUGUAAUUAAUUAAUGAUUUGAUUACAUUUAAACUGGUGAGGCGACCCAAUUUCCUUGAAUAAGAUAAACCGUUACAUUACAUCUUCCACAAUGAAGCUUGAAAGCCAAAAGCUCCUCCUUCAGUGCUAUGCAUUUCUUCCAUAAUUAAUUUAUAUGGCAAUGGAGUUUCAGACAAAAUCCUCUGCAGGGCCAGUGUCCGUGUCUCCUGUUCUUCUUCUCCUAUUGAUGGUGAUGGGUCAGCUUCCCUGCCUCUCAUCAGCUCUGCAACACAUCGUUGGAGGCUCGGAGUGGACCAUCCCGCCAUUUCCCGGUUUCUACGCCAACUGGUCCUCCUCUCGCCGUUUCUUCACUGGCGACACUCUCUAUUUCGACUUCGAGCCUUGGUUCUAUAAUGUAAUGCAAGUGUCGAAGCUAGAGUACGAAGCCUGCACAGCAGGCAAUCCAUUCCGGGCAUUCGACUCGAGCCCUGCCACCGUCCUGUUGAUCCAGGAAGGCGAGUCUUAUUUCAUCUGCAACGUCUCCAACUAUUGCUCGCUCGGGCAGAAAGUAUCGGUUAUAGCAUCCCGUCGUUCCUGCAUAAGUUUCCCGACAACCACGUCACCUUCUCCCGCUCCAUUCUCGCCCACUCCAGCUUUAUCACCGUGGGAACCGGCUCCAACCGAAAGAAAUGGAACUGGAUCCCCUGCUCCUCCUACAGGUCCCACGCCAUCGACCACUGCCGAUUCUCACUCAUCGGCCGGCCGCCUCUUUCACGGUUGGUUCAUCAAGGUGUCCUUCAUAACGAUUCAGCUCGUAUUUUCCCUGUUUUCGUGUGGAAGUGGAACCAUACUAAGCAACUGACUGAACAGUGUCUAUAAGUUUUUGGCAUUGUAAAGGCAUACAGACAGACUACAGAGUUGUCGGUUGAACAGAUUUAGGAAGAAGACCAACGGCCGAAAAUGUUUUAAAUUAUUAUUAAUUUGCCCAUUGCUGCUUGAUCAAUUAAUAGGGGUAAAUUAAUUGGCUUUGAUUAUCUUUCACAUCCAACACCCCCACUUGUCCUCCACUACUCAAAAAAAAAAAAGAUCGACCAAGUGGAAACCUUUUCUUGCCACUAAAACUCAAUUUACAAACCUUUUUUAAAGGAAGUGAAAUAUAUUUAUGUAUUUCCUUUUUGAUAGGUGAAUGCAUAUUGCACGGCGGCUUCUUUAUUCUAACUAUAUACAGAAAAUGAUUAUUGUCGUUAUAAAGGAAAUGAAAUAUAAAUUUGUGCUUAUCCAAUAUAUAUAUAUAAAUUGCAGUUCGUUUUUUCUUCAUUUUCAGGGGAGUUAAAUCGAUUUAUCUAAUCUGGCAAACCAAGAUAUAUAUAUAUAUAUACAUAUUUACCCUGAAUGUGUGUAUCUAUAUAUAUAAUAUUGUAUACGUCCUUGGUAGAAAAUUUUCUAUUUUUCU